CCUACUUACUUCAAAAACGUUUCAAUACAAAGGCAGUUUACCUGGUGUCCAGUACGACAAAUAAACCAACGCAUGCGCAUUACCUAGGCCCGAGUCCCCGAUACAAGAUGGCGGAGACGGUGGGGAGGGAGAGGCGGAGGCGGAUCUGGACUGAAUAGAGUAAAGCCUGUACCGGAUUCCUAGCAAACCUCUCCAAGGACAGAUGAGGCGAGAUGACCAGUGAAAACCACACAACAGUGAAGGGAGAGCCGGCACUAGUGAUGUCACCCUCCGGACCCUCCUCCUCACAGGAGCAGCCCCUCCUGCCCUCAACCAGCAAACCCAUCCAAGAGCUGCCAGAUGAGCUGAUCCAAGCGGGUUGGUCCAAAUGCUGGAGCAAGCGGGAGAACAGGCCGUACUACUUCAAUCGCUUCACCAACCAGUCGCUCUGGGAGAUGCCAGUGUUGGGACAGCAUGAUGUCAUCUCCGACCCCCUGGGCUUAAAUGCAGCUCCGGCCUCAGGCGAGGCGGCAGGGGACCCCAACCUGGGGAACGGGCAGCGCAAGAGACGCCUGUCGGAGGAGACCCCGCAGGGGACCCCCAACAGCUUCAAGAGACCUAAGGUGGAGAUGACGCCCGUGACCCCGACCACCCCCACCAUCCCCAUCUCCCCCAGCACGCCCGGGGCCAAGCCGUGGAGCUCCAGCGCAGAGGACAAGCAGCCUCAGGCCCAGGCUUCUGCCCCGGCCCCGGCUCCGGCUCCGUACCGCCCGACCGCGGUGUACUGGGACCUGGAUGUGCCCACCAACGCGGUGAUCCGGGAGAGGGCCCCGGCCGACCACCUCCCGCCCCACCCCGAGAUCGAGCUGCAGCGGGCCCUACUCACCGGCAAGCUUCGCCAGCACUACCAGGAGCUGUGCUACCAGCGAGAGGGGAUCGAUCCUCCUCGCGAGUCCUUCAACCGCUGGCUCCUGGAACGGAAGGUUCUGGACAAGGGGAACGACCCCUUCCUUCCCAGCGAAUGCGACCCCGUCAUUUCUCCCUCCAUGUUCCGAGAGGUCAUGAACGAUAUCCCCAUCAGGUUGUCCCGCAUAAAAUACAAGGAGGAAGCCCGGAAGCUCUUGUUCAAAUACGCGGAGGCUGCGAAAAAAAUGAUCGACUCAAGAAACGCUACGCCGGAGAGCAGAAAGGUUGUGAAGUGGAAUGUCGAGGACACCAUGAACUGGCUGAGGAAAGACCACUCCGCGAGCAAAGAGGACUACAUGGACCGGCUGGAACACCUGCGCAAACAGUGCGGCCCUCACGUGGCGGCGGUGGCCAAAGACUCCGUGGAGGGCAUCUGCACCAAGAUCUACCACAUCUCCACGGAGUACGUCCGUCGCAUCCGGCAGACGCACCAGGCCCUGCUGAAGGACUGCAACAUCACGGACGGUGUGGAUCCCCCGGAGGUGCAGGACAGGCUGGUGUACUGCUACCCGGUGCGGCUCGCCAUCCCCUCGCCCCCCCAGCCCAGAGUGGAGCUGCACUUCGAGAACGACAUCGCCUGCCUGCGCUUCAAGGGCGAAAUGGUCAAGGUCAACCGCAACUACUUCACCAAGCUGGAGCUUCUCUAUCGGUACAGCUGCAUCGACGAUUCGAGGUUUGAGAAGUUCCUGUCACGAGUGUGGUGCCUUAUCAAGAGAUACCAGGUGCUGUUUGGCUCGGGGGUAAACGAGGGGACGGGCCUGCAGGGGGCGCUCCCCGUGCCCGUCUUCGAGGCUCUGCACAAGCAGUUUGGCGUCAGCUUCGAGUGCUUUGCCUCGCCGCUCAACAGCUACUUCAAACAGUUCUGCUCUGCGUUCCCUGACACCGACGGCUUCUUCGGGUCCCGGGGGCCCUUCCUGAGCUUCUGUCCUGCCAGCGGGUCCUUCGAGGCCAACCCGCCCUUCUGCGAGGAGCUGAUGGACGCCAUGGUGACCCAUUUCGAGGAGCUCCUGGAGCGCUCCAACGAGCCGCUGUCCUUCAUCAUCUUCGUCCCAGAGUGGCGCGACCCCCCGACCCCGGCGCUCACGCGCAUGGAGGCCAGCCCGUUCCGCCGCCACCAGAUCACCGUGUCGGCCUUCGAGCACGAGUACCGCAGCGGCUCCCAGCACAUCUGCAAGAGGGAGGAGAUGUACUACAAGGCGGUCCACGGCACAGCGGUGAUCUUCCUGCAGAACGCCGCCGGCUUCGCCAAGUGGGAGCCAACCGCCGAGAGGCUCCAGGAGCUGCACGCCGCGUACCGCGUCUCGGGCCGCUCGCUGGCCUCCCCCGGGCCCUCCUCCACCCCCACCCCCACCCCUACCCCCACCCCCACCCCCACCACCACCACCACCACCAACGCCGCCGCAGACAAGGACCCCAAGGGCGAGCAGGAGGGCGCGGGCACGGGCACGGACACGCCGGCAAACCCGGACAACACCAGCCCCAAGGAAAAGACUGCCCCCAACGCCGCGGCCGUUUAAACGGGGGGGUUGCCAUGCCGCUCAUUCUGUGAGGUUCCUUAUGCCCUUGUGCUAUGGUCACCCUGGAGACAUGGGGCAUAAAUCCUCAGACAUGAUGCUGAACAGAAUCCGAACCCACUACAUUGCCACUAGGUGCAUACUGUAAUAAAACAAAUAAAAAAUAUUUUUUCUUCUUUGACAAUUUUUUUUUUAGUGACAUUCUAUGAACUGCACGCAUUAACUGCAUCCAAAAAAUGAAGUUAAUGAAUGGGGUAUACGUUUUUUGCUUUUUGCAAUCAUUUAAUUAGAAUAGUAUUUAUAUACAUGUUUACACUAGUAUGAGAUUAUAGUGCAUCACUGGGCAGCAUUAUGAAUGUAAAUUUUUUUUAAGAAAAGCAAAACAUAUUAAAAUAGUGCAGCUCAUUUCAGUAUUUUGUAGUGAGGCUGUGGAAAAAUUGAUAAAGAAUUGAUUAAGAAUAUUAAAUGUACUAAAAGCAACUCGAUCCUCUUGUGAAAAUUGACUUCCUCAUCGUGACUAGUGAUAUAAUGCACCAACUCAUUUGGAGACUACACAUCACAUCUGUACAGGUUAAGUUUUGUAUGUGCGUGCUUGUUUUUAACCCAAAAUAAUAUAGUCUGUUGUACAAUAUUCAGUCUCUUAGCUUGGCCUCAUUUGUACAUAUUAGCAGUUAGCGUUUAUAUUGCGAAAUUGCAAGUACUGCUAGACGAAAGCUUUGGGAAAGGCUAAUUCUGGUAAUGCUGCUGAGAUACAAAGAUAAGACAAUUUGAUUCUUAGUAAUUUGGUACCCUUGUGGUGGCGUUGUGUCAUCUUGCUCUUGGGUAAAAAUCAGGCCCUGACUUUUUCUCCAUUGGAGCCGUGAGCAUCAGAUGGGUAUUCUCAUCCCAGUGCGUGUCUGUCACCAGCAAAGACCUGUAGAUAUUGUACAGAAAUUGGUAUGAUUUGUUCUUUUUCUCUCUACUACACAGUUGUAUCAAGCUGUUUAGAAGAUGAAAUGUAUGUUGUCUCUCUUCUCCGUGGUUUUGUUUUCCGAAAUUCUGAUUCUGUUUUAAUUUAACAAAAGGUUUUUUUUUUGUUUUGUUUUUUUAAUGAAAUAAUUCAUAAAAAUGUUUAUUAUGAAUUAUACAAUUUAUGGAAUAGAAAAUGUUUUAAACUAAACCAAAGUGUUAUUAAAGAAUAAAAAAAUCUAUCUUGUAUGUAAAAGUAGAAUUGUUUAUGAAUGCAACAGUAAUACACAGGUGUAACCAGCUAAAUUACCCCUGGGGUUUAUUUUUAUAAUUCUUGUUUUGUUUGGGUGAAAGAUGGAUUUUUUCCUGUCUGGAAUUUACUUUGCAUGAUCAGAUAAUUUUCACUCACAGAAAGUAUAAUAUAACUAUACAAAAUGACCGUCAUAUAAAUUAGUCCAUAGGCUAUCUGUAGUAAUGAGUCAACUUUACUCUCUGUAUCAUCUUCAUUUUUAUAUGUGUGAUAAUAUGUAUAUAUAAAGAUUUUCAAAUGUGUGAUAUUCUUUUAUUUAUCCCGACCUGUUUCUCCUUAAGGUAUUGUCCUUUAGAUAGUCUGUAAUUGCCAUAAAUGUUUUUUCUUAAUGGGCAUAGAUAUAGUGAGAAAAUACUGUAUGUGCUAAUCAACCCAUUUGUUCUACUGCUAACAGAGGACAUGCCAUCAGUGUUGUGACACAUUCGGUACAGGCCGGUUUAAACAUGUGCUGGAACACCAUUAACUUACAAGUGAGAUGUUCUGACCCAUGUAUAUUUAAUUGCAUUAGUAAUAAAACUAGCGUACAGUAAUUGUAA